AUGGCUCAAGAUGAGGUCAAGAAGUCCAGCUGGAAGAGCACCCAGUGGUUAUCACCAAGUUCAUCCGUGGGGCCAGGGAGGUUGAAAGUGGAUGCUGUGGCCAAGUCUGGCAAGGUUCUGGUCCAUGCCAUAACAGAGCAUGUGGAGGACGCUGGGGUACACUCAGGAGAUGCCACUCUAAUGCUGCCAACCCAAACUAUUAGCCAGGGGGCACUAGAAAAGGUUAAGGCUGCCACCCGCAAAAUUGCACAAGCAUUUGAAAUUUCUGGGCCCUUUAACACUCAGUUUCUGGUUAAGGGCAAUGAUGUCAUGGUGAUAGAGUGUAAUCUGCGGGCGUCACGCUCUUUCCCUUUUGUAUCAAAAACAAUCGGCGUAGACUUUAUCAAUGUGGCAACCAAAGUCAUGGUGGGAGAACCUUUGGAUGAGGACAGCCUGCCCUCGCUGGAGAAACCCAUCAUUCCUGUAGACUAUGUGGGCAUCAAGGCGCCCAUGUUCUCCUGGCCACGGCUGAGGGAUGCAGAUCCUGUACUUCGCUGUGAGAUGGCCUCCACUGGGGAGGUAGCUUGUUUUGGACCAAACAUUUAUUCAGCCUUCCUGAAAGCUAUGCUCUCCACAGGCUUCAAACUGCCACAGAAGGGCAUCCUGAUUGGGAUUCAGCAUUCAUUCCGACCCAAUUUCCUGGCCACAGCACACCAACUGAAAGAGGAGGGCUUCAAGCUCUAUGCCACUGAAGCCACUUCUGCCUGGCUGUGCGCCAAUGAUGUGCCUGCCACACCAGUAGCCUGGCCCAGUGAGAAGGGAGAAGACAACAGUUUGCCUAGUAUUAACAGACUGAUCAAUGAGGGUCAUAUUGACCUUGUGGUCAACUUGCCCAAUAAUAACACUCGCCACCUGAGGGAUAACUUCCUCAUCCGCAGAAUGGCUGUCGACCACGGUGUUCCUCUCAUCACCAACUACCAGGUGGUGAAGUUGUUUGUGGAAGCUAUCCACUAUGCAGGUGAGCUCGACACUACCAGCCUCUUCCACUACCGGCAGAAAGAGAGCCAACAAAGAGGUGCUAGCCAGCAGAGCUAAAGCUUCCUCCCCUCUCCCUCAUUCUCUGCUGGUUCCCUUUGUAAAACAGUAGCACUAAAGCAAUAUUAUGCCACAAUUUUACCUUAAAAUAACAGCUUCAAAAUAAUUGCAAUGGUCCACUGACUUGUAAUAGGGAGACUUGUGCCUCGUUCAUUCGCACUCUGCACUCCAAAUGCCUGUUCUUGCUCUGUGUGACUUGGGUUAAGUGGGUACAAUCUUCUGCAAGAAGUGUGUAAUGUAUCUAUCAUGUGCAUGAAGCUCUACAGCACUGUGUCACACACAAAAGAAGCUAGCUUGGUAAAUCUUUCAUUUAUCAACCCCUUUGAUGAAUUUUGUGUUUGUUGCCUGAGCGAUUAAUAGGCUUUGUUCUCUGUAGGUGAGCUGUUAGCUUUAAGGGGUAUACUGCUUCCAGUACCCUGUAAUUACAGCUGCCGCUAUUGCUCAACAAAAGUUACAUACUGUUGCUUUCAGUGGGAGCCAAUUUUCAUAACAUAGUUUCUUAAAAAUUCCUUGUAUCUUGUACCAUCCCAUGAUGUCAAGAAAUUGUUACUUUUGUUAUCUUAGCGGCAGGAAUUGCAGUCUUUUGGGAGUUACUUAGACCAAAAUAUAAUAAUUAACAAUAUAGAAAAUCAACACUCAUAACAAUUUUCAAACCAGCAUCUACUAGGAAAAGGUACCUUUUCAAAGGGUUCAUUGGUUGUAACUGGUGGUUUUAUUGUUGCUCAGUAAAUUACUAAAGUUUUACAGAUCAGUUGUAACCUAUACACAAAUAACUUUUGUGUUGCUAGGUUAUGACCAUCCUCCAGCAGGACACUCGCUUAUAAACCUUAAUAACUGAGAAAGGGUUCUUAGAAUAACUGAAGUUUGCAGCUGUUAAAUGCUAAUUAAAGUAGGAGGAGGAAGAGCCAAAGAUUAGUAGUAUAGUAGCAGCAGCAGCAGUAGUAGUUGUAAAUUAAAAAAGUUAAAACAUAUAUAGUUACAACAUAUAAAUCCUCCAUAAAAGGUGACUUAUAAAUCGGUAGCAGAGAGCUACCGCUGCCUUGUUUUUACUCACAUAAAUCCCUAAGGAUGGUGUUGCUGGUGUUUUACUGAUCAGUGGUUCAUAUUCUUUGUUUUACAUUUAAUUUUAGGGGCUUUUGUGAAUUUGAUUCUGUUUAUUCUGUCAUUGUGGCAUCUAUAUGUCUUUGGUAAACAAACACACAUCAAAACACACAGCAAAAAUUAGCAAGGUUAUUUGCAUAUAUUGUACAAUAAGUUGAUAACUUUAUUAUCAUGACAAGCCUUACAGUGUAUUAGUAAAUGCCUUUUUUACUCAUUUGAUCUCAUUCAUAGGUUUUGGUUUAAUACUUAGAAUGGUGUUGAAAAUGUAUCAUACAGUAAACAUGUACUAUAUGAAUGACUUUUAAAGAUGAAGAUAAGGUAUUUGUAAUUAAGGUAAUCCUUAUGCAUUUUGUGAUAUGAAGAGAAUUUUUCAAGAGCCCUAGCUUCAUACCCAAGCUUUAAAGUUGAUGACAACUGAUCUGUUUAUGUAUUAUAUAUACAUAUAUUUAUGUGUGUGUAUAUACUGUAAGCUUUAAACUGAGUCUGCAUGUGAAACUGCUCUGCAUUUUAAAAGAUUACACUAUAAAUACAUUUAGUUAUGUAUACUCUGUUGAAUGCUGUUGUUGUUUUGUUCAUGUUUAUGUAAUGUAAGAAUCCAUUGAAAUACAAGUAUUCUCUUACGUC